AUGGACGGGAAUACUAACAACAACCGUCUUUUUCUCAAUUUUGGGAACAAUAACGAGCGAUUGGCAGCUCCCGACCGAACAUACCCCACGACCCCAUCCACCUUCCCCCAGCCUGUCUUCUCGUCGCAGCAGCCAGCCCAGCAGGCGGGGGGAUUGCAUCCCCCUCAGCAAGGCUACUCGGGCUACAGCCAGCAGGACUAUUUCGUCCAAAGCCAAUAUCAACAGCAAUAUCAAGGCCAGCAGGCCCUUCCCGCCUAUGCCUCUGCACAGAAUCCUGCCUACCAACAACGCUCUGGUACCCCUGGCACAAACGACCCUAACACCGGCCUUGCCCAGCAAUUCUCUCAGCUAGGCGGUGCCCGAUCCAACCCGUAUGGCGCUGCUGCCGGGUCUCAACGUCCCCGGACUGCUGGUGCCCCCAGCCAGCCUGCCUAUGGAGGCUACAUGAAUGCCCCUCCGAUGCCGUCUCAGAACCCCGCCCCCGCCAACGAGUUCCAGAUCGCCCCGGAACGCAACCCGGACAAGUACGGUCCUAAUGCAAACAACAACCAGAAGCGAUGCUCUCAGCUGGCUGCCGAUUUCUUCAGGGACAGCGUCAAGCGUGCGAGGGAGAGGAAUCAAAGGCAGAGCGAGCUUGAACAGAAACUUCAGGAUCCCAACCAGCCCCCUUCACGACGCGAGCAACUCUGGGCGACUCACGGCCGGAAAGAAGGUCAAUACCUGCGCUUUCUAAGAACUAAGGAUAAGCCCGAAAACUACAACACCAUCAAGAUUAUCGGCAAGGGAGCGUUCGGUGAAGUCAAGCUCGUCCAGAAGAAGGCCGAUGGCAAGGUUUACGCCAUGAAGUCCCUGAUCAAGACUGAGAUGUUUAAGAAGGACCAACUUGCCCACGUGCGAUCCGAGCGAGACAUCUUGGCCGAAUCGGACAGCCCCUGGGUCGUAAAACUCUACACCACCUUCCAGGACGCCUACUUCCUAUACAUGCUCAUGGAGUUCCUCCCUGGUGGAGACUUGAUGACUAUGCUUAUCAAGUACGAAAUCUUCUCCGAGGACAUUACUCGGUUCUACAUUGCUGAGAUUGUCCUUGCAAUCGAGGCCGUCCACAAGCUUGGCUUCAUUCAUCGUGAUAUCAAGCCCGACAACAUUCUCCUUGACCGUGGCGGUCACGUCAAGCUCACCGACUUUGGCCUCUCCACCGGUUUCCACAGGUUGCAUGACAAUACCUACUAUCAGCAGCUUCUCCAGGGCCGAUCUACGCGGCCGCGAGGUGACCGUAACUCCGUCGCGAUCGAUCAGAUCAACCUUACAGUUAGCAACCGUUCGCAGAUCAACGACUGGAGGCGGUCUCGUCGCCUGAUGGCCUACUCUACAGUCGGUACUCCCGACUACAUCGCUCCUGAGAUCUUCACCGGCCACGGCUAUUCAUUCGACUGCGAUUGGUGGAGUCUGGGAACCAUCAUGUUUGAAUGCUUAGUUGGCUGGCCCCCAUUCUGCGCCGAGGACCAUCACGACACUUAUAGGAAGAUUGUCAACUGGAGACAGACUCUGUACUUCCCUGAUGAUAUCCAUCUGAGCGACGAAUCUUCCAGCUUGAUCAGAAAUCUCAUCUGCAACAGUGAAAACCGACUCGGACGAGGAGGAGCUCAUGAGAUCAAGAACCAUUCCUUCUUCCGUGGUGUUGAAUUCGAGAGCCUUCGCCGUAUCCGCGCACCAUUCGAACCGCGACUCACCUCCAACAUCGACACUACAUACUUCCCUACCGACGAAAUCGACCAGACCGACAACGCGACUCUAUUAAAGGCGCAGGCCAUCCAGCAGGGCCGGACGGCUGUCGAGGAGGCUCCGGAAAUGAGCUUGCCCUUUAUCGGUUACACCUUCAAGCGAUUCGAUACCAACUUUAGAUGA